GGAGAUCCAGCCUGUUUCCAAAAUCUAAAACCAUCUCCUAAACAUAGCUUCUCGAGCCAAAUUGUGUGCCACUGUUUUUUUUUGGUUCAAAAAUUGUGUGCCACUUUAUUGUUACUAUUCAUUUGAUUGCCAAAAAGAAUCUAUUUUCAUUUUUCCCUGAGAAGAGAAAAAUAAAUUCAAAGAAUGAUGAUGAAAUGGAUCCGACGGCGCUAAACUUGGUAGUCCUCGAAGCUCUGCAAUUACCAAAUCAUUAGCCCUAAAACCCUCAAUUGAACCCCAUUUCUCCCUCCUUCUCACUCCCCUCCACAUCUCUCUUGGCUCUCCACACUCUCACUCUGUGCCUGCAUCAGUUCUGUGAGCUCUUCACUCCUGCUUAACCUCUCCAAGUCAGGAUCUUUAGCCCGUCUGGAGGGCUGUCCUGCCUUUUGCUCAAAAGGGUACCCUUCAAGGUUCUACCUUUCCUUCUCAAAAUUGAUAUUUUCAUCAAAAGGUUUCUACUUUAUGAGUUAUGAUUGAGUAGUUUAGAUUAAGUUGGUGAUUUAUUGUAUAUAUGUAUACAUGUAAUUUUUGGAUCAAAAGGAUGAGUAAACUAUGCCCAUUUGGUAAAAUGGAGUUUGAGCCAUUGAGCUUGGGGAAUGAGGUUGUUGAAUUUGACCUGAUGGGUCUUGGUGACAUUGACCACCCUGUUGUUGACAUUGACAUUUUUGACGAUUCUCUUGCUGUUGUUGGUUCCAAUCCCAUUGCCCUACCUUACAUUAUCGAAGGAGAGACUAAUCUCGAGCCGUAUGAGGGGAUGGAGUUUGAGUCAGAAGAGGCUGCCAAGGCCUUUUACAACUCCUAUGCUCGCCGCACUGGCUUCAGCACUCGGGUCAGCAUGUCUCGCCGCUCCAGGCGGGAUGGUGCCAUCAUCCAGAGGUCUUUUGUUUGUGCCAAGGAGGGUUUUCGUAUGGAUAAGCAUGAAAAGCGUGGUCCUGAGUGUGAUGGCAGGGUAAAGCGCCCGCGUGCUGAGACUAGAGUUGGUUGUAAGGCAAUGUUGGUGGUCAAGAUUCAAGACUCUGGGGGAUGGGUUGUGUCAUGUUUUGUUAAGGAACAUAACCAUGAGCUGGUUCCCCCGGAUAAGGUGCAUUGCCUCCGCUCUCAUCGUCACGUCUCUGGUUCUGCAAAGUCUUUGAUUGAUACCUUGCAGGGUGCUGGGAUUGGGCCUAGUGGAAUUAUGUCCGCCCUCAUCAAAGAAUAUGGUGAUAUUAGCAAAGUUGGCUUCACGGAGCGUGACUGCAGGAAUUACAUGAGGAGUAGUCGGCAAAGGACCCUAGGAGGUGACACUCGGGUGCUCUUGGAUUACUUGAAGAACAGGCAAGCCAACAACCCAGCAUUUUUCUAUUCUGUGCAGGGUGAUCAAGACCAGUGCAUGAGCAAUAUCUUCUGGGCUGAUCCUAAGGCAAGGAGUGAUUACACUUACUUUGGUGAUACUGUAACCUUUGACACAACUUACAGGUCAAACCGGUAUAGAUUACCUUUUGCACCUUUCACCGGGGUUAACCAUCAUGGACAGCCUGUGUUGUUUGGGUGUGCCCUCUUGGUAAAUGAAUCUGAGGCAUCGUUUCUAUGGCUUUUUAAAACAUGGCUUAUGGCAAUGUCUGGCCGACCUCCAGUCUCAAUCACUACUGAUCAUGAUAGGGUGAUCCGCAUGGCUAUCACCCAGGUUUUUCCUGAGACUCGACACCGCUUCUGCAAGUGGCAUAUUUUUAAAGAGUGCCAAGAGAAACUGUCCCAUGUACUUUCUGAGCAUUCCAACUUUGAAGCAGAGCUUCACAAAUGUGUCGACCUGACUGAAUCUAUUGAAGAGUUUGAGUCUAGUUGGUUGUCUCUAAUUGAAAAAUAUGAUCUCAGAGAUCAUGAAUGGCUUCAAGGGAUAUAUGCUGAUCGAAGGCAGUGGGUACCUAUAUACUUGAGGGACACCUUCUUUGCAGAAAUGUCUAUAACACAACGUAGCGAUAUCAUGAACUCAUAUUUUGAUGGAUAUGUCAAUGCGUCAACAUCUCUACAGCUGUUCGUUAAGCAGUAUGAGAAAGCUCUUGAAAGUCGGUAUGAGAAAGAAGUGAAGGCAGAUUAUGAUACUAUAAACACUGCCCCUCUUCUCAAGACCCCUUCACCGAUGGAGAAACAGACUGGUGAGCUUUACACGAGGAAAUUGUUUAUGAAGUUCCAAGAGGAGCUGGUUGAGACAUUAACUUUCUUGGCAACCAAAGUUGAGGAUGAGGAGGCAGGAUCCAUAUAUCAAGUUGCUAAAUUUGGAGAAAGUCACAGAGCUUAUUUUGUCAGAUACGAUGUUCAUGAGAUGAAAGCAUUUUGUAGUUGCCAGAUGUUUGAGUUCUCUGGCCUUCUUUGUGGACACAUCUUGACAGUUUUUCGGGUGACAAAUGUUCUUACUCUGCCAUCUCAUUAUAUUUUGAAGCGGUGGACGAGGAAUGCCAAGAGUGAUGUCAUAUUGGAGGAACGUGCCAGCAAUUUGUUGAAUAGGUCGCAAGAAUAUCUCACGGCACGAUACAAUAAUCUUCGUCAUGAGGCACUCAAGUAUGUUGAUGAAGGUGUUGGAACUGUUGAAAUUUAUAAUGUGGCUAUUGCUGCCCUUCAAGAAGCUGCAAAAAAAGUUGCUCUUGAAAACAAGAGUGGCAGGAGGUUGGUAAGUGUUAACAAAACUGGCAGAGAUGACGAUUUGCACUGGGGAUGUCAAGCAAAUACAUUUGGUGAUCAUAAAUGGGGCUUGGAAACUCUGUCUCCGGAUGACCAGGACAAGAAAAUCCAGAAACUAUCGCGUCAACUUGAGCGUGCACGACGAAAAUGUGAAGUGUAUCGAACGCAUUUGUUUUCAGUUUUGAAAGACAUUGAGGAGCAAAAAUUACAACUCUCCGUGAAAGUUCAAAACAUUAGAAUAGAAAUGGAAGAGUGUAAUUGAUAGAAUCAGCUCCCUCCUUUUCUCUGAGAAAAUACCUGUGUUUUCUAUGAUGAGUUUAAGCACCAAGAGAAAAAUGUAAUAUGAGGCGCAUACUGUAUAUAAAUCAUCGUUUUUAUUUA